CGUCAAGGCUUCCACGUGAAAGCCGCAAAGUGCGGCCCGGUCUUCAGGUGAGCUAGGGGACCGCCACAGGGAGCCCCGGGCUGCGGGUUCCUGUCGCCAGCCUCACGUGGCUCUCGGGACCGGGUGGUGUGCAGCCAGGCCGGAACGCGGCCUCACGCGGUCUUUCCCAACUUGGAGCCGGUGGGCAUCAGGGGACCGCGUGGACAUUGAGCGUCCACUGCACGCCUCAGCUGUGAGGAUUGCGGCCUGCCCUCAUACUUAAAAAACAAACAAACAAACAAAAAACUGGUCAGCACACUGCCUCGUGGGCAGACAGCCUCCAGAGCUUUCUUACCGCUGCCUGUGAGCUGGCUGGCAUGGUGCCCAGGGAAGUCCCUGAGUCUUCCCUCACUAGCCUGAAGACCAAGGAUGUGGCUCGGAGGAGACACAAAAGGAGAAGCCGGCAGCACCAGCGGUUCAUGGCCCGCAAGGCCUUGCUUCAGGAGCAGGAGUCGUUGAGCAUGGUACCAGGGCCAGGACUCUGCCCUCUGCCCUCCCCAACACAGACGCCAGCAGGCACAGAGGCUUCAGGCAACAGGAAACAACGUACCAAGGCCAGGUCUGGCAGCAAAGGCCUGUGUAGCAAAAGGCCUGUCCCCAGAGAAGCCCCAAGCUCUGGGCCCAGCAAGUAUGUGGCCAUUGACUGUGAGAUGGUGGGUACCGGCCCCCAAGGGCGAGUGAGUGAGCUAGCCCGCUGCUCCGUGGUGAGUUACAGUGGUGAUGUUCUCUAUGACAAGUACAUCCGGCCUGAAAUGCCCAUUGUGGACUAUCGAACCCGCUGGAGCGGCAUUACCCGUCAGCACAUGCACAAGGCUAUCCCCUUUCAGGUGGCCCAGAAGGAGAUCCUUAAGCUGCUGAAGGGCAAGGUGGUGGUGGGGCAUGCACUGCACAAUGACUUCCAGGCCCUGAAGUACGUCCACCCUGGGAGCCAGAUCCGGGAUACGACUUAUGUCCCAAACCUGCUCAGCCAGCCCAGCUCCCUCACCCGAGCUCGGGUCUCUCUUAAGGACCUGGCCCUGAACCUGCUGCACAAGAAGAUCCAGGUAGGUCACCAUGGACACUCAUCUGUGGAGGAUGCCAUGACAGCCAUGGAGCUGUACCAGCUGGUGGAGGUGCAGUGGGAACAGCAAGUGGCCAGCACCGCCAAGGCCCAUCCUGAGGACAGGGGCCCUGACAGCAGCACUGAUGUGGAGCAGUACAUGGACGACCAGUACUGGCCUGAGGACCUGGCCCAGAGCACCAGGGGAGACACAAGGGAGGCCCAGGAUAGACAGGAGGGAGAGGAAGGGCAGGGAGCCAGGAGUGCUCCUCCCUAGUCACACAGGGUGGGAGGUAACUGAAGUAACCUCCUGGUAACCAGGAUCAGGGUUCUAAGGCAAUGUUUCUCAAAACCUGAUGGUCAGGACUCCUUUGUGGGGUUGAAAAACCUUUUCACAGGGGUCACCUAAGACCAUCAGAAGACACAGGUAUUUACAUUAUGAUCCGUAACUAGCAAAAUUACAGUUAUGAAGUAGCAACAAAAAUGAUUUUAUUUUGGGGGCUCUCCACGGCAUGAGGAACUGUCUUAAAGAGUUGCAGCAUUAGGAAGGUUUAGAACCACUGGUCUGGGAUGACUUUAGGGCAGUAGUAGGCAAGGACUCAGGUCACACCAUCCUCUGUCAGAGUCUCGUCAUUCCUGCCACUUAGCAUGGAUACAUUAGGCAAGCCUAAUCGAGCCUGUUUUCCCUUUGUAAAGCGGGGAGUGGUGGCAUCUACCUCAUGGGUGUGUAAGCAUGUUGAGUGUAUCCUAGUGAUUCAGUGCAUGGGCUGUAUUCAGGCCUGAUUUCCAAGCAGCUAUGGCUCAGGCAGGACUUUUUCACUUGGCUUUUCCAUCAGAUGAGGUGGGGCCAGGGCAAGGAGUUGAAAGCAGGGCAGGGGAGUUCAGAGGUCUCUGCAGGUCUUGCUGCCAGCUUCUGUCUCCACACCAGCCUCUUGACACUGCAUCUGGGAAAGUGACAACAGUAAUCCAGGCAGAGUCAGGAAGGAAGGGACACUACUGAGACCACACUUCCCACUCUCCACUGAGGUCCUGAUUGCAGAAAGUUUUAGAUUGUUUGAUUGCUGGCUCCUCCCUGCCAGGGAAAAAGGGAGCUGGCAAAAUCGUCACCACCACUUAUGGUCUGGCGCCAGGGGUAAACUCUUGUUUCCUUAAAAAGCAGCAGCUUGUGCCAGCCUUGGUGCUGGGCAGUAGCCAUUGUGGGUUGAAGGGUGGUGGAACUACUAGCUGGGAGAAGUGUACUGUGAGAAAUCAGCUUGUUUGUGCUUCCAGAGGAGUAAAGGAAUAAGUGCAACUGGAAAA